UUGUGUGGGUUUGACUUAUUUCCCCUCUCUCCUCCCCUUUGUGAUCCUAAGCAAUUCGGGUCUCUGUUGGUAUUACAAACAAAAGAGUUUAGCACCCAAAGUACUAUUAAUCUGUUUAGGUAUCGGGGUAACUGCAGCUCGGGCGUGCGUUUUCCAUUUACAAACGCGGUAAAUUGCGCGCGCUGGUGAGCAACUGGAGUGACUCAACCAAGUUUCCCCGUUCUGACUGAGGAAUGAGUAUACGUUCGGGGAGCGGAAAAGCGCAUGAUUGAAUGAGCAAAAUGGAAAGCAAAGACGUUGACAAUGAUUUGGUUGGAAAUGUGCUGCCUGAAGCAACAUCUCCUCAACCGGUUAAGGACCCAACACUAUUAAAGGAAGACCAUGAGGGGGUGACAGUCCAUCCUAAAACAGACCCAGCCCAGAUAAUGGAAACCCCUACCAAAAAGGACAAGGAAAGGAGAGCUGGGACCCCCACAAAAAUGGACGCCAUAUCGAAAUCACCUGCUACACCGACGUCGCCCAUGCCAUGUUCAAGUCCUAGCCACAAACCUAGUAAAAAUGCAGUAAAGUCGGAGGACAGACAGAAGCUUGCCAAGGAGCGGAGAGAGGAGAAGGCUAAAUAUCUGGACCAGCUCGGCCAGAUACAAGCGGCCAAGAAGUCCCAGUGGCUGGCGAAAGAGGAAAAGGCCCGGCAACUGAGGGAGAGCCAGCUGGACGAGAGGCGCAGGAAGCUGGAGGAACAGCGGAUCAAGACCGAGAAACGUCGAGCCGCCCUCGAAGAGAGGCAGAAACAAAAGCUAGAAAAGAACAAGGAGAGAUAUGAGGCUGCCCUGCAGAGGUCCACCAAGAAGACCUGGGCUGAGAUUCGCCAGCAGAGGUGGUCUUGGGCCGGAGGCCUCAGCCAGAACUCCAGCCAGAGAGAAAGCAGAUGCUCGAUGUCGGCGGUCAACCUGCCCAAGCAUGUGGACUCGGUUAUAAACAAGCGACUCUCCAAGUCCUCCGCCACCCUCUGGAACUCCCCUCACAGAACGACCCGUAGCCUCCAGCUGAGUCGGUGGGAGAGCAACAUCGUGGACCGGCUCAUGACGCCCACCCUGUCCUUCCUGGCCCGGAGCCGCAGCGCCGCCAGCGUGCUCAGCAACGGCAAAGACCAGUCGCCCCUGUGCCCCCGUUCAGCCUCCGCCAGCCCCCUGACUGUUUGUUCUCACCGGCCCCACCACCGCUGCUCCGACCGCUGGAGGGUGACAUCCAGCACGCCCGACAUCACCCGACGCGACUCUGCGGCAACAGAGAAGAAGAAGAAAGAGAAAAAGGACAAGGAGCGAGAGAAUGAAAAGGAGAAGAGCGCUCUCAGCAAGGAGAACAUGCUCAAGAAGAGACAGUCCCUACCAAGUAUGAAGCACAGAGCGGAGCACAGCCCCAGUCCGUUAUCCAGACAGCGGGCCACGUCUCCUGCCACGACUCCAAGAGGGAGACCCUUGGCCUCCCCCAGCCCCUCCUCCUCCCCUAAACCGCCCUCCUCAGCGCGGGCUAGUCCCUCCACACCCAAGGCCCGGCCCAAGAGAGCCAGGACCCCAGCCCGGGUAGACCACGUGCGGACCUCCUCUCCCAUACCCCUGGAGAGGGUCCGGGAGGCCCGGGGUCGUAGGUCAGCCACGCCUGAGGAACCCAAAGGGAAGAGCUCCCCUGUUCCAUCGAUUGUGGUGUCCUCCGUCCCGGCUAUGCCCCCUACUACGAGCCCACCAAUCCCAGCUGGCGCAACCAUGCCCUCGGAGGUUGCCACUUCUGCCCAAUCAAAGCCCAGUGCUACUACGUCCUCCCCUGACGGCCCGGCCCCUUCCCCGUCAGGCAAGCCCAUGGCGGGCACCAACAACCCGGAGGAGGCCGCCCGGAUCCUGGCCGAGAAGAGGCGACAAGCCCGCGAGCAGAGGGAGAAGGAGGAGCAGGAGAAACGCGAGCAGGACGAGAGAGAGAGGGUCCUGCGAGAGGAGCGUAAGGUACGGGAGGCGGAGGAAUGUAAGCGCAGGGAGGAAGAGGCACGCCUAAUGGCAGAGGAACAGCGUAUGAGAGACCAAGCCCAGCGCCUGGAAGCCGAGAAGGAGGCGCAGGAGAAAGUCAGGGCUGAGCAACAGGAGAAUGAGCGCCUACAGAAACAGAGAGAAGAAACUGAAGCUAAACUCAAGGAAGAGGCAGAGAAACAGCGCCUGGAGAGAGAGAGACACUUCCAGAAGGAGGAACAGGAGCGACUGGAGAGGAAAAAGCGUCUCGAGCAGAUCAUGAAGAGGACACGCAAGCCAGACGGAGGGGAAAAGAAAGAUGUCAAGGCUCCGCCUCCAGCUCAAGUCAAUGGCAAAGAGGUGGAAAGCAGAGAAGCCUCUGCUGACUACCAGCCAAGCUCAGAAGUCCACAGGAACACAGACAAGGACUCCGAUGCUGGAAGAGACAGCUCCACGGUCCACGUAGUUAAUGGUGUCCAGCCUGCCAGACACGAGAAUGGCUUGUCCACCAAAGGGAACACUGGCCACUUGGAGGAGAUCAUCCAGCUCGCCAAUCACAGCAACACUACAAACGGGGGGCGGGAGAAAUCUGAGAGUGACAUUCCCACCGAGCCAAUCCUGGCCUUUGAAAGUGAGGAGCCUUUCCUGAAAAAAACAGGCCCCAUGAAGACUCAGCAUGUUGCAGAGGUCCUGUGAGGUUCAUUACUGUAUGAAGACAACAGCUGUAGGUAACCCCACAUUCCCCACGCCCCCUCUUUCCGACCGAGCAAAGCCCCUAUGACCUCUGCCAAACCAAUCCCAGACUGCAUUAGAGACCCCCACCCCAUAACUUCAACUUUUCCUGGAAAAUGGGAAGAAGAUAAUGAAGAAAAACUAGAAGCAACGGCUCCUGCAAAACACAAAAACCAGGAUAUGACAUCAACACCCCAACAGGGUGCAUCAGUGUUACCGUUCACAGUAAACUAACAUACAACUUAAGACUUGCCAGGAUCAUCCAUCAUAGAAUCCAGCAGCCCUUAUGGUGAAAAUGAUUGACAAUAUCAAGUACUUGUUAUUAUUAUGAUGACAGGUUGACAGAGAAGUGAGUUGGCUUUUUUGUUUCUAAUGUUUAGUUUAUUUAAGUUUAAGGAUGGGUUACAGUUUUAUGUGAAUAAUGUAAAUGAACAAUUGUUUGUUGGACUAAUGGAGAAGGGGUUCUAUGAUAUAAAUUGUUUAGGAAUUUACGAAAAUGGAGCCCAAUGUUUAAUUAUCUCUGGUCUUUCAAGGUUUGCCCAGUAACCGUUGAAUUCAACUCAUAAUGAAAUCUGUAAACGUAACUGUAAAUGUUGAGUGAAUGGCGCUUUAUUUUGCAAAUACAAUGUCUUGCACAUACUGAAAAUGACUUUUCACAAUGCUUUGACGAGGUUAGAAAGCCAUGCAGCCCAUGGCCAAGGAGUGUCGCUUUGACAGGUUUUCUGUUUAAACUGAUCCACUCCUCAUUUAUGGCUGAUUAGGCUGGAUUGAACUGGAUCUAAAACAUUAACAAGCGAUUUGUUUUAAGAGAAACAAGCAGACGCAUGGGGAACUCUUGAUCCAGGAUCUGUAAGCCUUAAGCCAAAUCAGUGAUCCAGUCAGAUCAGUCAUGGUUGAAUAUGUACAUGAUCAUCCAAUACCACCAUUUAAAAAGUGACCUGUUAUUUUUUCAACAUGAGCAGGAAGAAUGAUAUGCUGCCGAUCCCAUUGGGAUUCCACAGACCCCACUGUUUGAAAAUGAAAUUGUGGUGCGUGUGUGUGUGUACAUGCUAUAAAUAUAUUUUGUUGUGUGUUGAAGGGUUAGUGGGAGUAUCAGAGUAUUAAAGAGAACAUUGUUGUCCAGUU